AUGUCUCAAAUUGUCUCAUUACGUGCAUUACGUCCAAAUUCAACUAUUACUAAUGCAUUGCGAAGGACAAGUUCUGCACAUCGACUAUGUCAAUAUUCAACUUUCUCAACAUCAUCUAAUCAAAUUUCAAUUGUAGAAAAGAAUAAAUCUUUAAAACGAACUCACUCUGUUCAUACAAUGCCUAUCAAUUCUUCUUCUCAUGCUUCAGUUUAUGCAUUUAUUCAUCAUCUUCAUACAAGCCCAGAAUAUUUUGACUUGAUUGAUGUAUGGACACCAUCAGUUCCUGAAUCAGUCAAAGAAGGUACUGUUCGAUUAUUAAAAAAAGUUGAAGAUAAAGUAUUUACUGAUGAAAUAAUAGCUGAAGUUGAAACAGACAAAAAAACUUUUAAUGAUGAUGAUAUUACAUCCGAUGCUCAAAUACCCAAACUUAAUACAAGUGAUGAUGUAAAACUAGUAUCAGAAAAUAAAAAAGAUGAAUCGAUAGAUAAAGUCAAUACUGAACAAACAAACGAACAAUUAUCUACGAGUUCAAUUUCAUCUAAACCAACACAUAAAUUAACUACAUCAACUAAACAACAAGUUAGUGCAAUUGAUACAAAUAAAAUUCGUAAUACACGAUCAGAAACACGUGUAAAAAUGUCAAGAAUGCGUAUAAGAAUAGCUGAACGUCUUAAACAAGUACAAAAUACAUGUGCAAUGUUAACGACUUUUAAUGAAAUUAAUAUGAGUAAUAUUGUUGAAUUUCGUAAAAAAUAUGCUGAUCAAUGUCUAAAACGUCAUAACAUUAAAUUAGAAUUUAUGUCAACAUUUGUUAAAGCAUCUGCAUGUGCUCUUUUAGAUAAUCCUAUUGUUAAUGCAGCUAUUGAUGGAAAUGAAAUAGUCUAUCGUGAUUAUGUUGAUAUUAGUGUUGCUGUUGCUACACCAAAGGGUUUAGUUGUACCUGUUCUUCGAAAUGUCGAAAAAAUGAAUUAUGCUGAUAUUGAACAUGCAAUCAAUGAAUUUGGUGAAAAAGCAAAAAAUGAUUCACUUACUAUUGAAGAUAUGAAUGGUGGAACAUUUACAAUAAGUAAUGGAGGAGUAUUUGGUACACCAAUUAUCAAUCCACCACAGUCAGCUAUUCUUGGUAUGCAUGGAAUAUUCGAUCGACCUGUCGUUGUUAAUGGCAAAAUGGAAAUUCGUCCAAUGAUGUAUGUAGCACUUACAUAUGAUCAUCGUAUUUUAGAUAGUCGUGAUGCUGUUCUAUUUCUUCAAAAAAUUAAGCAAUAUAUAGAAGAUUCUCGUACUAUUUUUCUUGAUUUAUAA